GCGCCGUGCUGGAGGGUCAGAGCUGAGCGUCUUCAGUUCCCGAGAGAGACGACCAGCAGUCAUGAAGAACGGAGUGCUGUGCAUGGUCGUGCUGACGGUGCUGGCGGCGCAGCGGGCGACGGCGGCCCGGCCCGAUGUCCAAACCUGCCAAUGCCGCCUUCGGCACGAUCUGUACCAGAGCGGCAAGCUGGUGGGCGGCUCAUGCUACGCGAUCGGCGUCGGCCGCUGCCAGUCGUUCACCAUCGAGCCGCUUCAGUUCUCGAGCGGUUUCUCCAACAGCCCGACGAGCCGCCCGGCCACGUUCAGCUCCCAGCAGCGCUUCCCGAGCCGGUUCAGCCAGCAGCGACGCCGCCCGACCACCCGCCGCCCGCUCGUCCACCGGCGCCGCUUCAGGCCCCGGUUCGAGCCGGUGAUGAACGUCUCUCCGGAUCGGAGGUUCCAGGCUGCGCUGGCCACGCGGCGCCAGCUGCAGGAGCAGCGCGCCUUGGAGGGGCGUAUCCUGCGCACUGGCGUCGGCCGGGUGCGGCCCGGCACGCCGUCGGCGGCGCUGGCCUCCGAGAAGCGCGCCGAUGCUAAGUCGCUGGCGCUCGGGCAGCAGGCGCUGGCGCAGAUCCUCUUCCUGCAGAACCUGGUCGGCGGCGGCCGUCGCCGAUGAUUUAACGCAGGGUGACCGCAGGCGGGGGGCGGAACCACAGCGGAGUUCGCUGCGGACGAGCCCGCCUGGGAUUUGGCUGAGACAGGCUGCACGCGCGGCGGCGGCUGGGGCGGCGGACUCGGCCCCCGCCGCGUCACGUGGGCGACACGGCAUUGUUUUAUAUUCGGGUCCUGGUGAACGGCGGAGGGCGGUGUACUUCCCGGAAGCGCCCCCGCCGAGUCGUCUCGGCUGUUGUUGUGUUGUGUGACUGACAUCUGCACGCACGGGGCUGUGCCGUGUCGCUGUUGCGCAUGUUGUGUACAUAGAGAGGGGUGAGGGCAGCGUUCAAAUGACCCCCGCGCCCCGAGAACUCACGUCGCAGGGCUCGUUCAGCGCGCCGCUCUCAGCCCCACUCUCCUUCGGCUUGUCUGCAUGUGACUGUGAAGGCUGUGUACCUGUUGUGCUGGAACGGUCCGUGCAGCCGCGGACAGACGGUCAAACGAUGUGUCAGGUACGAAACCGCGGUACUGAUGGCUCAGGUAUUGCCGCGCGGCUCCAGCGCGUUUUGCGACGUCAUUCCCUAUUUCACGAUCAUUUGCGAGCGCUUUUCGCGUUGUUUUUAGACGCUGUGCGCGUUUCAAGGUACAUGACUGCUUUAAUGACGAAGCGUGGGCGGUGUGGUAUGACUCCGCGUGUAAACUGUUGAACAAAGCGCGGCCAUUGUCUGCGAGAAGGGGUCUGAUAUGGCAUGUGAGUUGUUUGCGAUGCCACUGUCUGUGCGAUGCAUCGCUCGCCGGCGCUUCGCGCGCGGUGCGACGUGCGCCGUCUCGUUCGCGGCCCGGCUGUGCUGUGACUCUUCCAAAGACAUCGCGUGGUGGGAAAUACACGGACGUCCGACA